GUUUAUAGUAAUGUUAGAAACGUCUUUGUUCGCGCGGACACGCUGAAAGAAGAGAAGCGUCUCACAUCCCAAAAUCCAUCAGUGGAGGGCGUAGAAGGCACAAACGUCACUCUACGGUGUGACCUGAAUCCUCCCACCAACCUGUCUAAUUUCAUAGUGGAUGUGAACAGAGUCGAUCUUGAUGCCAGGAACAACUUGGUCCAUGCCGUCGUGAGGGGACGGGACCAUUCUCGUCCACAGAUGGGUCGGUACAAAAACAGGACACGUUUCAACCACAGUGACCUGAACCGAGGAAUCCUGGAAAUGACGAUCUCCUCAGUGACGCUGGCUGACACCGGACCGUACAAUUUCUUCAUCAGAGAACUGAAUGUCAAUUGUACUAUUAACCUCACUGUUGUGCCCAAAGACAAACACAACAGCACAAUGGGACAGGACUCCACCACAACUGGACAUCCUGGGAAAGAUGAUGGAGCUGCUGCAAAGAACGAGUCUGCGCUCGCCCCUGACGGUGGUGUUGUUGUUUUUUUAUUUGUUUUUGUUGCUGUCGUUGUUGUCGGUGGUGUUCUUCUAAUCCUGGUGAAGCGUGGAAAGAUCAAGAAUCUGCUGAGGACGGUCAAUAGAAGGACGGAUCGAGAUGCAGAAGUGGCAGCUGGCACUGAACUGUGUCUAAACACAAGUUGACCCGGACCUGGAUAGACCUGCUGCAGACCACUUGGGAAACAACAAGCAAGUAGUUUAGUGAUGACUCAGCAGUAAUGUAAACAGACACGUCAUAAUACAAUAACGAGAGGUGAGAAAUUAUCAUAUGCACUCUAUGAUGAUAUUGUGGGUCAUUGUAGGUCUAUGAUGAUAUUGUGGGUCAUUGUAGGUCUAUGAUGAUAUUGUGGGUCAUUGUAGGUCUAUGAUGAUAUUGAUAAGAGUCUCGUGCAUAUAUUGACGGGGAGGUGUCCAAAGACACGAUAACAGCAUCGGUGCAACCAGGACCGAGAGCACGAUCAGGGCGAACGGGGGGUACAGUAUCAGUGCAGCCACAGCACGAGCACAACCAAAGGCAGGAUCACAGCAUCAGCACAGAUAUCACAA